AUGUCAAACACCACAUUUAAACCACUAACCCAAAAUAUUAAUCAUCCAGAGAUUACAAAAGUAAGAAAAUUUUCACAAAAACCCACCACCCAGAAACAGACCCAAAUCCUAAGAACUAGUAAACUUGGUGACGGCCUUAGUUCCCUCAGAAACAGCAUGUUUAGCCAACUCACCAGGCAAAACCAACCUCACAGCAGUCUGAAUCUCCCUAGAAGUAAUCGUGGGUUUCUUGUUAUACCUCGCGAGUUUCGAAGACUCCUGAGCAAGCUUCUCGAAAAUGUCAUUGAUGAAGCUGUUCAUAAUCACCAUGGCCUUGCUCGAAACCCCAAUGUCAGGGUGGACUUGCUUCAGAACCUUGAAGAUGUACAUCUUGUAUGUCUCAGAGCUCCUCUUCACCCUCUUCUUUUUCUUAUCUCCGGCAGCCGCUGCACCACCGUCUUUGGGCAGCUUCUUCCGGCUUUGGGCUUCUUCUCCGCCGCCGGAGCCUUCUCAGCCACCAUGGUCUUCUUCUCCUCCGCCGGUUUCUUCUCGGCUGGCUUCUUCUCAGCUUUGGGUGCCAUAUCUGAUAGUUUUGGAGGUAAAAGAGUUCACAGAGAAAGAGAGAGUUUUGCAGAGAAAUGA